AGAACUGGGUAUAGUUGUUGCCCUUAUUUCUUCUACAUUUUUGGGCACCCAGCUUAGAUGAAGAUGACCAUGCCGCAUCGGUGGUUGCUGAAUUCGAGCUAGAGUUAUUGCUUAUGGUGGCCUUGCGAUGCCAUUUCCAUUAAUUUUAUUUCAAUUCAGAGCCGUUAUUAUGAGCUAGCGAGUCUUGCAUUAAUUUUCAGCUGCUGCAAAUCCAUGUCUCCAUCUCAUCCUCUCCCACCUUCCCAAUCGCAAGGAACAUCAACGUCCGAGGGCAGCCCUGCUAGGUCACCCUUGUCCCACGAGUACAGCCUCGCCGUCGAAAGCACUUCCUACAAUGAGAUUUGGUCUAAGGUUCACGUCAAUCAACAACAUGAGGAUGGGGAUGAGGAAGACCAACUGGUAUUGGAGCGAGUGCUUCAGCCCAACCGACAGUGCGUGGAAGAGGCCCUCCGCCGCGCCGAGUCCAACUCCCUCACUCUUCUCGUCUCCGACUACUUCCGCCACAGCGAGGACGCCACCCGUCUCUGUCUGCUCCUCCACCGCAGCGUCUAUGGAGCACGUCACCUUUACGCCCCUCUCCAUCAACUGCUCGACGUUUUCGAACCAGACUCGAGCCUCAACCAAUCUCAGUGCAGUCACGCCUUGGACAUCUUCCAACAAUUCGACAGCCACGACAACCCCUUCCCCGCCCCCGACUCCCACAACUUCGACGACACGCGCCGCCUCUUCAACGACCUCAAGCAGCAGCUCGAUCGCCGCCUCCGCGCCUCCCGCUCCAAAAUUCGCCGCAUUCGCCGAGCCAAUGUUGCGUCCGCUAUAUGCCUCAUUGGAACUGCCGUUGGGGUAGUGGCUUCUGCGGCCGCAAUCACGGCCCACGCUCUGGCGGCGUUUGUUGUGGCGGGGCCUUUGUGCUGCAGCGGCAGCAGAGCAAACAAGGAGGUUGCGCAUAUGAAACAAGUGGAUGCUGCGGCCAAGGGGACGUGUGUGCUGAACAAUGAUCUGGCGACCAUUGACCGGCUGGCGCGGCGCCUACAUACGGCGGUGGAGGGCGACAAGCUUCUGAUUCGGCUGGGAUUGGAGAGGGGAGCUCAAGACAAGCAUCCCAUUCAGGAGGUGCUUAAGCAGCUGCGCAAGAGCCACCCCAAUUUCCUCCACCUUAUCAACGAACUUGAUCAACAUAUAUGCCUCUGCUUUAACACCGUUAACAGGGCCAGGUCGCUGCUUCUCCAAGAGAUCCACAAUCUCCAAACAGAGGCAGCCAGCUGAUGGAGCCUGAGACACAAUGUUUUUCUUUUCUUCUAGCUACAAGUUUCUGACUUAUAUUAUUAGCCUAGAAAGGCACAGCCAUGCUGCUGCUCCUAAUUAAUUUGUAUUAAGUUCAAAUGAGGUUUGAUGCAUUAUAUUCAAUUGUCAAGCUGUAGCACCCGACAAACUGAUCGAUACCUGUCUCCACAAUUUUUAGAUCAAUAUGUUUCUAUUGCUUGACAUAUAUAUAUGUUGUUGAGAUUCUCGUACGUACUGCAUGCAGGAAAGGAAGGAUGAAGAUGCCAGUGUGUGAGGACUGAGGAGUAUAAAGAAGCGCAAGAGAUCACGGCCCUGUCCUGAUUAAUGACCCCUCAGCAGUAUGGGGUAUUUGCUUUCACUAUCAGGAUAAUCUAAUUGAAUGAUGAUUGUGGCCUGUGGCUUUCUCUUGUCUUGGAACUGAAA